CACGCACAAUGGCGAAGGGAAAGGUUGCUGCCAAGCCCGUCAAGGGCGGCAAGGCCACCAAGGCCGCUGCCCCCAAGAAGGCCGUGUCGCUCUUCGAGCGCCGUCCCCGCAACUUUGCCAUCGGCGGUGACAUCCAGCCCGACCGCAACCUUGGUCGCUUCGUCAAGUGGCCCAAGUACAUCCGCCUGCAGCGCCAAAAGCAGGUUCUGCAGCGCCGUCUUAAGGUGCCUCCUUCCAUCAACCAGUUCUCCAAGGCUCUGGACAAGAACACCGCUGCCCAGCUGUUCAAGACCCUGAACAAGAUGCGCCCUGAGGACAAGAAGCAGAAGAAGGAGCGUCUGCAGAAGGCUGCCGCUGACAAGGCGACCUCUGAUGCCGCCACCGCUGGUGACAAGCCUGUUGUCGUCAAGUUUGGUCUGAACCACAUCACCGCCCUCAUUGAGAGCAAGAAGGCCAAGCUCGUCGUCAUUGCUCACGACGUUGACCCCAUUGAGCUCGUCGUGUGGCUUCCCGCCCUCUGCCGCAAGAUGGAUAUCCCCUACUGCAUUGUCAAGGGCAAGGCUCGUCUCGGAGCUGUUGUGCACAAGAAGACCGCCACUUGCCUUGCUGUGACUGAUGUCCCCAAGUCUGAGUCGGCCUCUUUCGCCAAGAUCGUCGAGGCUGUGCGUGCCAACUACAACGCCAAGUUCGACGAGACUCGCCGUACCUGGGGCGGUGGCCUCGUUGGCGAGAAGACCAAGAUCAAGGUUGAGCGUGCCGAGAAGGCCCGCCAACGUGAGCUUGCUGCUCGUGGCCUGUAAAUGCCUAUGCUAUCAAUUGCAUGACAUUUUCUC